CUGGCGUGAGCCGCCUCCGCCGCCUCCCCGCAGCAUGGCGGGCGCGAGCUCCCCGGCGGGGCGGCGGCGGCUGCGGGAUGACGGCGUGCGCACGGCCACCUCGGCGGAGCAGACUAAAGUAGAAGAUAUUGUGCAGGAAGUCUUCAACGCCUACAAGACGAACCAUCACACUUCACAAUUUGUCCUGCAGCGGGAGAAACACUUCCACUACCUGAAGAGAGGCCUCAGACAACUGACUGAAGCCUAUGAGUGUUUGGAUGCCAGCCGACCUUGGCUGUGCUACUGGAUCCUGCACAGCUUGGAGUUGCUGGAGGAGCCCAUUCCCGAGUCGGUCACCUCUGAUGUCUGCCAGUUCCUGAGCCGCUGUCAGAGCCCCCAGGGUGGCUUUGGCGGAGGUCCUGGUCAGCACCCCCACCUCGCCCCCACCUACGCAGCUGUCAACGCGCUCUGUAUCAUUGGCACAGAGGAGGCAUUCAACGUCAUUGACAGGAAGAAGCUCCUGGAGUACCUGCACUCGCUGAAACAGCCCGAUGGCUCCUUCCUCAUGCACGUUGGGGGUGAAGUGGACGUGAGGAGCGCAUACUGUGCCGCCUCUGUGGCAUCGCUGACCAAUAUCCUCACGCCCACGCUCUUUGCCGGGACGGCUGAAUGGAUAGCGAGGUGCCAGAACUGGGAGGGCGGCAUUGGUGGGGUGCCAGGCAUGGAGGCCCACGGCGGGUACACAUUCUGUGGUGUGGCAGCCUUGGUCAUCCUUAAGAGCGAGCAUCUGCUGAACCUCCGGAGCUUGCUGCACUGGGUGACCAGCCGGCAGAUGCGUUUUGAGGGCGGUUUCCAGGGUCGCUGUAACAAGCUGGUGGAUGGUUGUUACUCCUUCUGGCAGGCUGGCCUGCUGCCCCUGCUGCACCGCGCGCUCCACGCCAGAGGUGAUGCUGCUCUCAGCAUGACGCACUGGAUGUUCGACCAGUUGGCACUGCAGGAAUACAUUCUCCUGUGUUGUCAGUGUCCGGCUGGGGGGCUGCUUGACAAGCCAGGGAAGUCCCGGGACUUCUACCACACCUGCUACUGCCUGAGUGGGCUGGCCAUUGCUCAGCACUUCGGCAGUGGGGACCUCCACCAUGAGGUGGUCCUGGGCAUCCCUGAGAACCGCCUGCAGGCCACACACCCUGUGUACAACAUCGCCCCAGAAAAGGUGAUAAAAGCAGUGAUGCACUUCCUGCAACAGCCUGUGCCCAGCCUGGAGCCGGAGGCAACAGCAGCCACUGCAGACUAGGGGUCCUGCUCCCUGUGGACUCUUGUGCAGAGUGACACUCCCUGAGGGCCAGCAGGGAGCUGCUGGGGUGGUUCCAGCACGGACAUACAGAUCGUGGUCCUCAGGAUGCUAGCAAUACCAAAAACAGCCUGCCCUGUGGCUGUAGGCUGCGCCUGGCCGCCAGCACCCAUGGCCGUUGGGCUGGGCACCCCUCUAACCUCCCAGCAGGAGCUGAGCUGGCUGCGAGUAAUAUGGCCUGUGGCAGAUACUUUGGUAUCAAUAAACCAGAACUGACACCUGCCA